GUUUCAGAGGCGACCAACGGCUACAAGGCUAUUUUUCCAAGAUGAGGCCUCUUACUGAUGUCGAGACCCAGACAUUGUUCACAAAGCUUGCCAACUACACAGGUCGUUCGCUGACCCAACUCAUCGCACCCUCGGAUUCUUCAGACGACGAUAGUGACCGGCAUGUCUUCCGCCUGCACGAGUCUCGAGUCUACUAUGUUCGAUUGUCGCUUGCCAAUUUAGCAACAGCGGUUGCUCGAGACAAUCUACUUUCACUGGGCACCUGUGUCGGCAAAUUCACGAAAACCGGAAAAUUCAGAUUACAUAUAACAGCGUUGGAUGUGAUUGCGCCGCAUGCACGAUACAAGGUGUGGGUCAAACCCAACGGAGAAAUGCCCUUCCUUUAUGGAGGCAAUGUUGUCAAGGCACAUGUUGGAAGAUGGAGCGAAGACUGUCCUGAACAUUCUGGCGUGGUCGUUUUAGCCAUGGACGACACACCACUUGGAUUUGGUGUAACGGCUAGGUCAACGGCGGAAGCAAGAAAGUUAGAACCGACUUCUGUGGUAGUCUUCCGUCAAGGUGACGUGGGGGAGUACUUGAGAGAGGAGGAUAGUCUCUUUACAACCUGAGAUACAACGAAGCCGUGGACUACAAGAUUUAAAACGUCAGCGGGCUGGAAUCCCUAGGUACGGCUUCCGGCGGUAAUGUGCCUCAAGAGCAGGCUACUUCGUGAUCACUCUAUGAGGGGCACCACGACAAAUCCAGCGGGUGACUUAUUCGAGACCAGCGAGAUCUUUAAAAAGAACGGCAAGAAUUGGAUUCUCCCUUGACGUAGGAGUCAAGACAGGAGAGCUUUGCCUCUCCAACAGUUCUUACCUCAUUCUGAAAGCCGUGAUCGACACCUUUUACCCAGCAAGGCGGCUUUUCCUCUCCCGAGGCUUGCGGAAUAUCUCAGUCUGUGGUCUGACAGACAUGAUACGACAUUGAACAGAUCACCGGUUCACGCAGUGAAACAGAUUGAGUCAAUGCAGCUGGCGGUUGAGAUUCGGCUUCGACCAUUGCUCGAACAUCUCCUAAAAUCUGGCAAGGCGCCACUAUACAAGAGAUACACCCCGCAUCGUAUCUAGUUCCAAAGAAAGGAGGGGAGUGAGGACUAUGGACCGCGAAUCCCCUUGAGUUCUUUGAUAAGCCAUUCUGGAGGAAGUGUCAGUAGAACAACCUACAGGCACCGAAUCACUAUGCUUCUACUUUAUGUCAACGCGUGUGUCUCUUUAC